AACAAGCGCGAGAAAGAAAUAACCCAAAAAUCCACAACACAACUACAAGAAGUUGUUCGAAUAAUUCUGAUUGCGGGAAUGAUCAACACAUGCAGUACUCAGAGGUAAUUUCCGCCAAGGCUAGUGACAAUGGAAAUUGCUAUCUGAAAAUUGUUGCGCAUUAUGGUAAUGAACAUAAAGAGUCGUACCAUACUGUUCAAAGAUACAUGACGGAAGAUUCAGAUGAAGAAAGAAGCAAUAUUGUAAUUGUGGUUGUAGUAGCUCUGGUUGACUUUGCACUGAUUCUUACAGCAGUUGUAUAUUUAAUUUACUUUCAUCAUAAAGAAAAAUUAUCAGAUCAGCUCAAAAAAGAAACACUAACAGAAAGAAACGAAGAAGAAAAAAUGCUUGCAAAUGAUGAAGCAAAUGACAUGUUUGUAAACGAACCAACAGAAAACGACCAUUCUCUUGAUCAAGUUGUGCCCGAAAUUGAAGGAGCAAAAGAUCUGUAAUCUUCAAAUAGAGAUGAGCUCGAACAUGAAAAUGAUUUAAAUGAAGAAAUACACAACAAUAGUGAGGAAAAUGACUUGUCUCCUAUCAAAUCUACUGUAAACAUCAGUUACCUAGGUCAAGCUGUGACCGAAAUUGAAGAAGAGAAAUAUCUAUCAUGUAAAGAUCUUAGCAUAAUUAAUCUUCAUCCAGAUGGAGAUGAGAUCGAAAAUGAUGAAAAACAAAAAGACACAAUGGUUCAGCAAAAUGAUUUAGAUGAUGAAAUACACAAAAAUGAUGAUGAAAAUGACUUGUCUGCUAACAAAUCUUCAGUAAACGCCCAUUGCCUAGGUCAAGCUUUGCCCGAUAUUGAAGAAGCAACAGAUCUAUCAUCUAAAGAUCAUAUCAUAAUUGAUCUUCAUCCAGAUAGAAAUGAGCUCGAAAAUGAUGAAAAUCAAAAAGACACACUUGUUCAGCAAAAUGAUUUAGAUGAUGAAAUACAUAAAAAUGAUGAGAAAAAUGACUUUUCGGAUAACAAUUCUACAGUACACGCCCAUUGCCUAGGUCAAGUUGUACCUCAAAUUGAGGAAGAAAAAGAUAUAUCAUCUAAAGAACAAACCAUAAUUGAUCUUAAUACAGACAGAGAUGAGCUUGGGAAUGAUGAAAAACAGACAUACCUGCUUGCUAA